GGCCGCAGGGGCUGAUGGGAGCUUUGAGGACCUGUUAGAAACCACGUGGCCCUCGUCUGAUCUCACAGCUCGUCCUUGUUUGGCCUCAGCUGCAUCAGAGCGCCACUUCUCCCCAGGUUCACCAGAGGAAACACCACUGCACAAAAUGCUUUUCCUCCCAGCUGCUGCUCUGUGCUGUCUGUGUUCAGCACUGGUUACCAGGGCCGCAGAGUCAAAUCAGGGUGGUUCAACACUGACCAAGAAAAUUGGAGAAAAAGUCUCCUUCAGUUGUGGGAAUCCACAAUGUAGUGGCUCUGUAGACUGGUACCAGAAGAAAGAAAGAGAAACAUUCAAAUAUAUGCAGUAUACAAGCGUUUUGACACUAAACAACAUCAGACGUGAUCAUUCAGCCACCUACUACUGUGCCUGUUGGGUGUCUGAUCCCCACAGAUACUACAUCUUUGGCUCUGGAACUAAACUGUAUGUAACAGAUGAGCAGGUAGUGAAGCCCGUGGUGAGCGUGUACCCAGCAGCAUCCAGAGCCCACCUGGAGGGGAACAGCUCCCUGCUGUGUGUGGCCUCAGCCAUGUUUCCUCCUCUGGUCCAGUUCUCCUGGAAAAGACAGAAGAAGAACGGCGGAGAAGCGGAGGAGCUGCCCCCUGCUGAGGGAGAGCAGCUGGAGCUCAGAGAGUCGGGACGCACCAUUGCCAUCAGGAUGGUUGAUGGGAGUGAUUCUGACACAUAUAAAUACAGCUGCUGGGUGAAGCACGAGGGGGGCACAGUGGAGGCCCAAACACAACAAGAGCUUCCAGCUCCAGCAGCCUCCUGUCCUCCAGAGAGAGAGCCAGCAGACCUGCCAGCUCUGCAGCCAGCUGACUUGUCCUUCCAGUCUCAGUGCAGGGUGAAGCUGCUCUGCCUGCUGUACACAGUGCUGAUAGUGAAGAGUCUGGUGUACUGCUGUGGACUCUCUCUGCUGAUGAUCCUCACAAACAAGGGAGCGUCCACCAACUGCACACAUGCUGACUGACUGUUUUCUGCUCGCCUUUUCUCACCAUCAAAUCUCAUCAAUUCAUCUCAUUCAUCACUUUGAUCAGUAUCACAAAUGUUAGUUAUGAUGUGUUGUGCUUAUUUUGGCUUUUUAUUCAAUAGUUAGAAGAUCAUCUGAAAUAAAUACAUCUUUACAUGUAUUGUUACUCUGAGUUAGAAUUCUUUUUGUACUUAUUGUGACUUUUAUUGUAGUAACAAAAAUCAUCAGGUAUAUUUUUAUCACAAGUUUUCUGUUUGAUUUGUUUUUGGUUGAUUUUCAAAUGUCAAACAGUGUAGUUGUGUUUGU